AUGGCGGGCAGCCCUGGGUCGCCUCCCCCCGCUCCUGCAAUCAGUGUAUCUUCACCCUCAUCUUCUAUCCCCGCAAAACGCCCCCUCUCCGACGGGAAUAGCAACGCCAACAAUCAUGGGAAUGGCAACGCGGUGAAUAACCACAACUCUUCCUCUCCUCCUUCUAAUUCCGCCUUUUCAGCGCCUGCCGCUCAUGCGUCCGUCUCAACUCCUCCAACAAAAAAGGUCUUGGAGAGGAAUCAGGCGUGUUUGUCUUGUCGCUCGCGCAAAAGGAAAUGCGAUGUUAGUCCCCUCCCUCCCGCGCUUGCUCCUGCCUUUGGAUCGUGUUCUCAUCGCCUAGCGAGUUUUUUUUCUUCUUUUUUUUUUCUCUUUCUUUCUUCCUUCUCUCUCUUCUAAAUUGAAAAAUAAAUAGAUGAAAACAAGCGAUGAAUAUGCCUUGUAGGAACUUGGAAGGGAGCUCGGGAAUGCUGACCAUCUGACUAUUUGUUGGUGCAGGGUGGAAAGCCGACUUGCGGUGCUUGUGAGCGCCUGGAGAGAAAAUGUCAGUACUCGCAGAAUAGUCCCGCUGCCGUGACGAAAAUCCAUUCGUCAUCUUCGGCAUCUCAUCAGACUCAAAGUAAGUUUCCUAUUCCGGUGGUCUUGGAACAUUUCGGUUGCGACUGAGCUUGUGCUCGUGCUGCAUUAUGAUCGGGGGUGCGUAUAUGUGAUGGUUGACAUUUGUAUGUGCUAAUUUCUGCUUCCUCAGAAGCCAGCCAACCUUUGCCACAGUGGGCUCCAAACGCGACGAAUGAAGAUUCUCAGGCGCUCCAGAUCGGCGCUCCUCCUCCGCGCGCCGACCGCUCUGAACAUGUGCCCGCCAGUACUGUGGUCCCUUCCACCGUUGCCUCGGGCGCUGCGGUUGCAAACCACAAUACCUUCACGCCGAUCAACCUCGACUCUACAUCGCAGUCCCCCACGACUAAUGGGAAUUCCGGCCUGCGCCAUGAAAUUGCUCAAUCUUCUGACUCGAGCAAAAUCUCCAAGAGGCCCCAAGACAAUACCGCCUCGAACUGCGAAGCGGGCAUUUUUGCCUGUCACUUCUUACAAGCUUCUCCAUUUGUGGGGUUGGAUGCUAUUGACAUUGUGCCCUGGGCGGGCUCGCUGGCCAGAGUCGCUGUGUGGGAUGACAGGCCUAAGAAGAACAAGAGCCUUUCACCUCAAGCCAUAGAGACUCCUGAGAGCACCAAUAGCGCGACAACAUUGGUCAACAAUGAUGUGGGUGGUGCGCUUGAGGAAUUGCCGUCACACGAUACUCUCAUGGAGCUGUUUGAAUUGUUUUUCGAUCAAAUUCACCCAAUCAUCCCAUGCCUUUACCGAAAACAAAUUUUCGCCGAUAUUCAGCCAGGCGGUAGCCUGUCCAAACCCUUACCCCUGGUGUUUGCAGUUUUGGCAUUGGCUUCCCUGAUCCAUCCUGCGCCAGCUGUGCAGGAUAGAUCAGCUCGUUGGCAUGCUGCCGCUAAGCGCGGGUUCGAUGCUGCGGUUACCCGUGGCAAUUAUUCCCUUAAUAAUGUUCAAGCUUCGAUCUACAUCUGCAUGUACUGCUUUGUUACAGCCGAGCUGUCCGAGUUGUGGAUAUUCCUUGGCAAAGGUUAUCGCAUGUCAAAUCCACUUGGAUUGCAUCAGAUUGAUUCCCCGCGAAGGGGAAGGUUCCCGGGCUUCCUGCCACAUCCAAAAUCGGAGCAGGAUCUCGAGGAGAGGAGAAGGGCUGCUUGGGGACUUUAUGUUUUGGAUAGUUUUUUUUCGUGCUCGUGUGGGUGGCCUUUGGCUAUCAAUGAUCGUGACUUUUGUGUGAAUUUCCCUGUCGAUGAAGUUGUAUUUCAGAGUGGGGAGAUUGAGGUAUGUUGUUUUUUUUUUUUUUUUUUUGCGAGUUUAGCUGGUAGCAUUCAUUAUACUAACCUGAGGAUUCUAGAAAAUGUCCCAUAUAGUUGUGGAGCCAUUUGCGCACAAUUUGGCCGACUUAAUUGGCCCUACGAGCGCCUCAUCUCCACCGAGGGGACCUUUUCACUAUCUCUGCAAACUCGCAGUUCUCAUUGGGCGUAUUGUUUCGUAUAACAACUCUCCUAUUGCUCCCACCGAUAAUACGGAGUUUGAAUCUCUCGAAACAACUCUCGCACGUUUCCGACUUUCCCUGCCUAGGAAGUAUCGCAGCAUUGUCGAACUCAGCCCCUCGGAAGUGACGCACGUUACUCAGCUUCAGAUCCUCCUCCACGUCUGCACAAUUCUCCUCUACCACCCAACCGUCCCAGUACCAACUUCACCACUAUCGUCCUCCUCCGAUGGUCCACUCCAUCAAAACCGGGGCCAAUCCCCGGGCGCCUCCUCGAUUCACGACCUCUCCCCUGCUGAACCGGCCUUUGCCCGCUGCGUCUCAGCAGUGAACAACAUCCUCUCUAUCCUGAGAACACACAUCAACAGCCCACCGCCAUGCCCACCAACGGGGUCCCCGGUUGUCAUAGACGUGCUGCAAAAUCCCUUCAUCACGCCGUCACUCUUCCUCUCUGCGCGUAUCCUUGUUGUGCGCUGGCUAGAGACCGGUCGGGACAAGGGUGUUCGCGCAAAGAUCGAUUUGAUACUCGGAGUCUUUGAUCGGAUCAUGGAGGUUUGGCCAGAGGUUGGAUCAAAGUAUCGGUGCUUAGUACUGGCCGAUAUGGAGAGGAAUAGCAAUGGCCUGGGGGGCACUCGGAGUGGUGCUUCUGGGUAUGUGAGUAAGGAUUGUGCAGCGGCGUAUGUUGGUGCGGAUAGGUGAUCUCUUUUGGUCUGUUGGUUCGUGUUCAAGUGCGGGGUGGGGUGUAAUAUUACUUUUCGCUUGCUGAGCUUGUUCUCACUUUCUGUGGGCUGGCUUACUUUCUCCACUUCUCCACUUUUCCUUUCCUUUGCCUUUUCCUUCCCAUCUCAUUUGUCCAAGGGUUCCGGGGUUAGCACGGUGGUC